UACUAGCUCCGGUAUAGCCGGAUACCAUUUUGCGCAUUCUAAAAGCACAUGUACCGAGUGGAGCAAGAAGUUUGUAAAUAGGACUCCAUAAUGGGCAAACCAACAAAACAACACCGAAAAAAGAAAUUCAACUAUGAUCAGAACAGAAAGAAGCAAUGGAUGAAAUCUAAAAAGAUGCCAACAAUUGAAUGUAAACAGAUAAGAAAUGCUUGGGACUCGACUAGAUCGAUGCAGGAGAACAUGAAGGAAAUGGGUCUAGCCACGGACCCAAACAAAACCUUAAAAGUACCUAAAACCAAGGACUUCCUUAUUACCAGUAUUCCAGGAACAUCUAAAAAGAGAGAGAAGAUAGAGGACAGUGUUCCCACCAAACAAUAUGUGGCAUUGGAGUUGGAAGCCGAAGCCAAUAUUCCCCAGAAGAGACGUCUGAGGCUGUCGGAGCCAGAGACUCGCUACUGUAUCUAUAUGAUGGAGAGAUACGGCGAAGACUAUAAAGCCAUGGCAAGGGACAUAAAGAACUACUACCAGGACACGCCCAAACAAAUCAAGGCUAAAAUCAAGGCUUUCAAAAGUAUUCCAGAACAGUACGGCGAAUACCUCAAGAGCAAGGGAGUAACAGACGUACAGCCGGAGGAGGGAGUGACCACACCCAAACGCCGGACAAUAGAAAUGGGCGUCGUACAGAGACACGACACCCGGAAACGCCGAGCCAAACGUAGAAAUGGUCACUUUACCACACCCCCGGGACGAGUCCCCACCCCCGCCAAGCGUAGCGGCAACAAAUCUGAAGAUAUUUCGUGGCACAAAGUAAAGAGAAAGCUACACUUCGGACGAGUGCCACCCCGACCGCGGUCCAACUCCAGUUCACAGCCCGCCAGAAGUUUGAGACUUCAAAAGGCCAAGCGGAAUGUUUCUCCUGGAAAGUCUGCCACUUACGGUGUCGCCCAUAAACCUGGCUUGUCACGGGAACUGCAUCAUCUGCUCAACAUGACAUCAGCUUGGGUUGUUCCUGUACGACUAAGGUCAACCUUCAAAAACUGGUGUCAUUGUCCUGGAGACCGACCGAAGCAGCAUGGAUGUAAACUCCACUCAUCUCAUGAACUCACAAACGUGAAAAUCACCAAUAACUGCCAGCACCCUGAAUGUCAACAGCAUUUAUUACACAAACAAAACUCAACUUUGAGAAGCUUGCGAAUCUCCAGAAGAAGUCAAAAUAGCGGUUACAAACUCCAUUCCUCCCAGGAACACACGAGCCUUGUGAAACUCUCUCACAGGAGUCACUAGUUGUACCGUCUGGCUGGAAUAGACAGAUAUAGUGCUGAAUGUGUUUAAUGAAUAUUUCUCAGGCAGGACUAGAAAUUCCAGUAGGCAUUUCUCUAAAACGAAAUCUAUGUAGCAGACUGUUUUAAAAGUGGUUAAGUAUCCAGUUUGGUAUAAGAUAUUGUUAGAGUUAUUGUACACUGAUGCAGCUAGAUCAGAGCUUUUGUAAAAGAGUGUUAAGUUUAAAGUGAGAUGUUUGUUUUCUGUUUCAAAGUUAAAAAAAUCUGCUAGUGAGGAUAUUUUAAGGAUGCAUCAUAGAGAUCUUCAUGAUAUCUAGAUUAAAAUUCUUCAGGUAUGUUUGUUUAAAACGAUAAAAUUGUAUUGGUGAUUCUCUUUAGCCAGGAAUAUGGAUGUUUAGAUUGAUACAUUUGUAAAUUAACAUGUUUGGACAAUUUAAAUUUGAUUUCCCUGUUAAAAUCAUUGUUGUAAUUGGUAGUUGUGCUGGAUUUGUAGAACAUCAAUUUUCACCUUUUUCAGAAGUCUUUUGCUGAAUACAAGUUUUGCAGCCUGUCAGUCUUGUUUCAUUUAGAAAAUAAAUCAUGAUUCAAAGUUUAGGUUUAACAGUGUAACACAGACAUGUACACAUACCUGACCACUAUUUGUGUCUAUAACAUGUGGUGCUUCUGUUUCUCAUAAUGUUCCGUUUUGAAAGAUGUAUUCGGUGAGAAUAAAUUUCCUUGUCAUAUAUUGAAUCCUAUCUGUUAUAAUGUCUAUAUGAUGAUUUGAUUUGUUGAGAUUUUGUUGAGAUUUAUUUACAAGCUAUAUAUCUAUUGUUAACUUGGUGAUCACAGAGAAGAAAUGUUUGCCUUUUUUCUUCUUCCUUAAGCUGAGGUUUGAGUCUGUAUAUAUUGAGAUGAUGUAAAGAUAAAGUUGCCAUAUAUUAUUUAGAUGAUUCAUGCAUGACUAUUUGAUGUUACCCAAAUCAGUUGACAUGUUGUCAGUAGAUUUAAGAUAAUUAUUGCGUGUUAGUUGGAUAAGUUUACUAUCCAAUAAUGUUUAUUACCAGUAGGGAGGGCCAGUGCACGCUUUUAAUUCUACUACAGUAUAACUUCUAUAUCAUAAAAAAUGGACUAUUAACUGUAUUAAAAUUAGGAUAUUUGUCCCAUAAUCAGCAUAACCUGGUAGAACUUCAAUAGAAAUAAGAUAGUGUUAUUCAUGAUUGCUGCUUAUCAAAAAUUAGCUAAUGAUUUAAAACAUGUCAGAAGUAAAUUAUAAGUUAAGUCUUGUAAAUAUUACUGCAGCCACCACUAAUCAGAUAAACCCAGUAUCCCACCAGUGUUUCGGACUGUCACAAUUUAGCCGUUUUUUUUUUUGGAAAUAGAGAUGACAGCAGCAUCAAUGCUUAAAAGUGUAGGAUGUCAGAUUUUUUUUUACAUACCGGUAUUUUGAAUUGAAUGAUUUCCAGCAUGAACAAGUCGUACAACAAAUUGUCUUUCUCUGUUACCCUUUUAGAAAAUACAUAAUGAAAAACUAUUUGUAGGCAAUAUUGUACCUGCAAUGUGCAUCAAUUUUUGAUCUAUAAAGUAUCAACUGUGUAUUAAACUAUAGAUACACACUUUUUCACAGAAAUGUCAAUUUUCAGUUUUGAAAUAAUUAAAUUUUGUACCUAUUGUAGUUUUUUUGGCAUAAUGUAAAUGUAAUACAUUCUUCAUUGUAAACAUGGAAAUUAUACUCAAACCUUUUCUUUUUAGUUGAAGUCUGUGUCUGAACUGCUUUUAAAUGAUACAUAUUGUCACAUUAAUAGUGAGUAAGUAAAAGUUAUCUCCCUUCUUUCAAAGUUUGAUUUUCAUCGAUUUCCACCAAACAGUGGAAGUAGUUUUAUGUUAUGAUCGAUUGCAUGCUUUACAGAGAUUAGAUAACUCUACAUUUACAUGUUUUACAGCUGAAUAAAAAUAUGUUU